AUGGGGAAUGUCCGAAUCGACAGUCUGCCGGCAAACCGGCGGGUCGCCGCUCAUUGUCAGUCUGCCCACGCGCCCCGUAACUCAACCGCUUCACUCGUUAACCUUGAUCCAGACUGCCCUACUUGCAUCAGGCGAAGAAUAAAAUGUGAUCGCACCGAACCAUCCUGCAUGAAGUGUGCUAGUCGCGGAUUGGAGUGCCCUGGUUUCAAGACAGUAUACCUCAAGUGGAACCAAGGCAUCGCAAGUAGAGGCCGGCUGGCGGGCAAGUCGGUUCCCAUUGCCAAAGGGACACGGAAACCAGUUGGCAAAGAUGAGAGCUCAGGAGGACAGAGACGUGCCGGCAAGGACAGGCAACAACCGUCCAAUACUAGCUCUUUGGCUCAAGAUGCCCCGACAACGACAGUAUACGAGCUGACCCCAGCGCUUUCCCCCCAAGAAGCCAAACAUGUCGUCGAUCGAUUCCUCAGCAUAUCUAUAUUCAAUAGACUCGUUGAUCAUUUCUGCACAAAAGCAGUGUCCCGGCUUACCUGGAUAGACCGCCCGCGCCAUCCAUUACGAACCAUUGUUCGCCGACUCCUUCAGACUUCGGCAUGCGUGCAGUUUUCCGUGGGCUCGCUUGCAGCUGCUCACAUGUCCAUGGUGCUGGACGUGCCUCACCAUCAAUCCAAGGCCCUGUUCAAGACGUAUGUGUCGUUACGCGACAAGAGUAUGCAGGCGUUGAGCAACAAGCUGCGCUCGGGGUUGCCGACUCCGUCCAACGUGGCACCAAGUGCUUCUACAAACUGCACGCUUACCGAGGUCCUGGCCUCCAUGCUUGUGCUUUGCUACACCGAGGUCCUCGUUCCAGGUUCCAGGGCAUGGAGACUUCACCUUCGUGGAUGUCGAGCCGUUAUUGAUCUACAAUCGCUGGAGCAUUGGUUCGCGGCAUCCACGGAUCCCAUCAUCAGAUUCCUGCUGAAAGAGGUAUCUGACCUGGAAAUGUUUACUGGCAUCUCAAUGUUUCACCAGGAUUUCGCUCCUCUGCCGAAGUCGCCGCCGCAGCCAGCAAGCACAGAUACAGGCUGGGCAUUUACCAAAUUGAUAUACGCCAUCACGACGUUGGAGAGGGAAAGACACUGCUUGCGGCAAUCCAACGCGCCGCCUCCCAAUGUCGAUAUCCGCGUCUGGUGCAAUCGAGCCGAAGAGGCCCGCAUCUGCUCUUUGGCCUGUACUGACUGGCUAAAUGAAAGUCAGCGCAGCUUACGCGCAUCGUUCGAAGCUGUCGCGCGGGCGCACUAUUUUGCCGCCAUAAUCUACAGCUAUCAAGCGUUCCAAACAUGGCAUGAAAAAAAGGCAGCGCUCCCUGGGCAUCUCCAACCUCUGCUGGCGGAUGUCCGUUUCGUCAUGGCCGGGCCGACAGACGAGCUGUUUCACGAUUUGUUCUUUCCGCUCUUUAUUGCUGGCACUGAAAGCGCCUCUGACCCCUUGAUGAGGUCAGAAAUCGAUGGUCUGUUUCUCGAAUCGCUGUCGCGAACCGGCGUAUGGUGCAAUUACUCCGCCUUGCAGUUCCUAAGGUCGUUUUGGAGCGCCACGUCCACUCUGCAAGAGCCCAUGAACUGGAUGGAUUUUGCCCGGCAAAACUUGUCAGUGAUGGAGCCAUUUAUUGUUUUCUGA